AUGAGAGACUCCAAGAUCCUGGACAGUCCCUUUCUCUAUGCUGCUCUCACAUCUCUCCUCCAAAAAUUGCACCCCGAUCACCUUGAAAAAAAUUAUAUUACUACUAUAUCUGAUGCAAUAGAUGUGAAGAAGUUACAGGAUAUACUGACAUCUCUGUCUAAUGCUCUUUCAUCACAGCAAUUUGAUGAUUCUUUUCUGAACAGUAUCCUAAUUGCCCUGUAUGAUGUCCAUGACUCACUCGAUGAGUAUGUUUAUUUAACAUCUGCAGAAGGUAAAGACAAGUGUUUGCGGGCUAUAUCUAGUAUAAGCAUGUGUGAGAUUUGUACUCGACCACCAACCAAGAAUUUUCCCCUCAAAGAUAAAGAAAAAUACUUGCAGUCAUUCUCUAUCCCAUCCGUGUCUUCAGAAUUGAAUGUUGAAGAACUUCCACCUCAUCUUGUUCCAUGCUUGGCCUAUUGCUCUUUUUACCCCAAAAAUACUACAUUUGUCAGAGAAAUUUUAGUCAAUCAGUGGAUAGCUCAGGGGUUCAUCUCUUCUACAAAGGGCGAUGAAGAGCUGGAACAAAUAGGGAACCGCUACUUCGAUGAGCUGUGCGUCAGAGGUGUGUUCCAAGCACCCAUAUACGCUUUUGGUGAAAAUACGGAUGCCCAGACUCUACGACUACAAGAACCUUCGAGAGUAUUCGGCUGCGUGAUGCAUCCUCUAGCUCAUGAGUUCGCGUGCAAUAUCUCCCUUCAAGAUGUUUGUAUCUUUGACCGUCGUUAUAUGAAACGUAAGGGGGUUUCGAACCCUAGGGGGACUGGGGAAGGGAGUUCAUUUGUAACAUUUCAGAAAAAUGGUUUAUCAAAAGUCAACCUUGAGAUAGCUGAAAUGGAAUGUCGAGAGGCAAGAACUUUCAUUUCCUUCAGUCCUCACUGGGACGUCUUUGCGCCGGAUAAAUUCUCAAAGUUCUUCCAUAAGUUACUUGUGUUAGACUUAUCCGGCUCUUAUUUUGAGGUACUUCCGAGCUUGUUUAACAACUCGUACAGCUUAAAGUAUCUGCGUUUAUCUAGGAAUAAGCAGCUGAAAAGGCUAAAUGUAAGACAAAUGAAGCAUCUACAAACACUGGUUGUUGAUGGUUGUAUCCGCUUGGAUCAGAUUCAUAUGGCUUUUCGCACGAGACAUUUAUACCUGACAUCAAAGCAGAUAAACGUAGAUCUGCGGAGGUUGAUGUCGCUACAAGUGCUAGAACUCUUUCAGUGCCUUGAGUUGAGGUCCUUAGGAGCAAUUGGAAGCUCUACUCUCAAGAUACUGCGAAUCUUCGAGUGUCCCAUGCUUGACUUAAAUCCCAAUAUCUUUGAGGCACAAACUUGUAUAGAGGAAUUGGUUUUCCACAACUGUGCCUCUCUGGAUUUGGGAAGAGUAGAGAAAGUGAAGUUGCCAAGGCUUAAGUAUCUUGAACUUAUAGGCCUCCCUAAGUUGCUUGAAUUGCCUGGUUGGCUUCAAUAUGCCACUGCUCUACAAUAUAUUCUAAUAUCUGAAUGUGAAGAAUUACAUGGGUUAACAAAUGUGCUGCAACACCUCAAAUCUCUUAAAAAACUAUGUAUUUACAGUUGUCCAAACUUGCAUUCUCUGCCGGAGGUGAUUUACUGGCUUCCUAACCUGCAGUUGAUAGAUAUUAGAAAAUGCCCGUGCUUAACUCAACUUCCCACAAUUCAUGACUGGGUUUCCAGAUCCAAUCUUUUGCAAGUUUCUCAUGACGGUCGACUCCUCCAAAAUCAGGUACGAACAGUCAAUUUUUCGUUUCCUGGGCUGUUUCCGCAUUGCAAAUGUUCUUCCUUGUUUCCUCCAAAUAUAUACUUCCUCUGUUUCUAA